ACUACGGCUUGCGCCUCACUUAUAUAGCUUCUUCACGUAGCAUAGCAAGAAACAUGAACAAACGAGAGGGAGGGAGCGAGCUGAUCUCCAACCCUGAGCAUACAUUUUGAUUUGAUCGACAUGGUGGACAAGGGGGCGGCGAGGAGGGCCAUGCAGUUCCGCAUGCCGCGGCGCCGGAGGGCGGACGCGGCGUCGGCAGCGGCAGCGGCGAGCGGGGGCGGCGGGCGGAGGAAGAGGGUGGCGGUGGCGAGGCUGGGCGGCGAUGGAGGCGGCCGCGGCGGGUCGGCUGAGCGGAGAAGGCUCUUCGGGGCGCUGCGGCGGGUGCGGGUGCGGUGGCUGGCGGCGCUGUACAGGCGGACGCUGCGGCGGCUGCGCGCCAGCUACGCCAGGGCCCUCCGCGAGCUCGUCGAGGGCAGGGCGCUCCUGGGCGCCCUCAACGCGCCCGCCGGCGUCGAGUGCUCCCGCGCCGCGUCGUUCGGGCCGAUGGCCACCGUCGGGUUCUGAAAUUCCGACCGACCUGACGGUGGGUGGGUCGGCCGUGAAAGGGUUUACUUAUUAUCGUGUUGGCAUUAUGAGGCAGAGGCACCACCUUCGGUCUUUGUACAUACUACUCCCUUCGUCCCAAAAUAAACAUCUUAACUUUAUAACUAUAUUAGCUCUAAAAUUUAUACUAAGCUUAAGACACUUAUUACGGGAUGGAGGGAGUACUACGAAGGUGCGCUUCGCGCGUAACAAGGCCGCAAACAUUUUUGCUCUUUUAUAGUGUGUGUUGGUGAUUUGUAGUUCUGCCUUUGCUUGGAUCUCCAUCCAUGUAUGUAAAAAUCCGACUCUACUCAAUAAAUUCUAGUGAGUAUUACAAUCCA